UUUCAAAAUGUCUGAUACCGAACGCAGCCUUGAUUUGAAGCCUGGUCUUGGAGUCCACCGAUAGUUGCUUCGUUUCCUUAUCAAUGGCCUCUACUUUUGCUACACUGCCCAACCCUUUUUUAUCUUUUAACAAAACAACCAUUCCUACGCCUUCUAACCAGAAGCCACUGAGUUUGCGAACACAUGCUCUGAGAAUAAGUGCAAUUUCUAAGAAAUGGGAACCCACUAAGGUUGUUCCUCAAGCCGAUAGAGUGUUGGUCCGUCUGGAGCAGUUACCUGAGAAAUCAGCUGGGGGUGUUUUGCUGCCAAAAGCAGCAGUUAAAUUUGAGCGAUAUCUGAUGGGGGAGAUUCUCUCUGUUGGUGCCAAUGUUGGAGAAGUGGAAGCCAGAAAGAAGGUUCUUUUCUCGGAUAUAAAUGCUUAUGAAGUUGAUUUGGGAACAGAAGACAGGCAUUGCUUUGUUAAGGAGAGUGAUUUGCUGGCUUUGGUCGAGUGAAGUUCCAUUGCUUUUAUUUUGAUGUUGCCCAUUGCUAGCUUCCCUUGUGGCUGGUUUUGCAGUGACAAUGUUCUCAAUUGUAAUAAUCUGGGGGGAUAUUUUUCCUUAAUUAUUAAUCUACGAGAACUCUAGAAUAAUGAAACGAAAAAAUUUGAUGCGGCCAA